ACAGGAAGCUUUUCCAACAAUUGCACAACGUCGCAGCGGUAUUAUUAUUACGCGACAGGCAAUCGGUGCGACAACAACAGCAAACUAAACAACGCAUCGCAGCGCAAUAACAAAACUACACAGUAUUACAACGCUCGACACCAAAGGGGGGUGAGGAGUUUCAAAUAAAAACCCCCCGCACCCCCACCCACCCACACAUCUAACCACCCGCCGAUGUCGAAGGGGUGGUGGCCGUAGGAUUCAUAGCCGUAGGAUCCGCUCCUCCGCGGCAAUUCAUUCAGUCACAAAAUCUCAUUCGGUGUGUGAGUGUUGAUGAGGUUAGUUGUGAAGGAAAGCGGUUCAAAUCCGCAAAAUCGCAAAAAGUGCAUUAGCAACUAAACGGCAGUGAGUUCGAAUAGUUAUAAAGCGGAAACGGAAACGAAAACCGAGCUAUCGAAUUUAACAAUAGUGUGCAGUUCGGUGCCCUUACAAAAGAGGCCAAAAAGUGUUGCAUACUCCGGGGCUGGCCGCAAAAAUUUCUGCGAACAUGUUGUUCUCGGCGAGUGUACGUGAAGGGAACAGCAAGUGCAGCAGUCGCGGCCCCCCGAUAGCAGCCAGUGCAUCGCGCCCUCUAGCCAAGGCCGACGGCAACGGCAAAAACGAGCAAAAGCGACUGCAAUGGCCACACUAAUACCGACAUCCGGCGGCCAUCCAGCAGCGAGCGGACAGACCUCUAAUGUGGAGGCCACAUACGAAGAUAUGUUCAAGGAAAUCACACGAAAAUUGUACGGCGAGGAGACCGGUAACGGUUUGCAUACGCUCGGCACGCCGGUGGCUCAGGUGGCCACCAGCGGGCCGACAGCGGUGCCCGAGGGCGAGCAGCGCUCCUUCACGAACCUGCAACAACUGGAUCGCUCGGCAGCGCCCAGCAUUGAAUACGAAUCUAGUGCAGCAGCUGGUGGAGGCACCGGUAACGUGGCCACCACCCAAGCGAAUGUAAUUCAGCAACAACAACAGCAACAGCAAGGAGAGUCGGGUAACUCGGUGGUGGUGACGGCAAGCGGUGGAUCUGCUGUGGUCCCGGCACCCAGUGUUGCGGCAGUUGGAGGCUUCAAGUCGGAAGACCACUUGAGCACAGCCUUCGGGCUGGCGGCCCUGAUGCAGAACGGCUUCGCCGCUGGUCAGGCGGGUCUGCUGAAGGCCGGCGAGCAGCAGCAGCGCUGGGCCCAGGACGGAUCGGGUCUGGUGGCGGCUGCAGCCGCUGAGCCACAGCUCGUCCAGUGGACAUCGGGCGGGAAGCUGCAGAGCUAUGCCCAUGUCAGCCAGCAACAGCAGCAGCAGCAACAGCCGCAUCAGAGCACACCCAAGUCCAAAAAACACCGUCAGGAGCAUGCGGCCGAGUUGAUCUACGCCAGCCCCUCGACAUCGGCCAAUGCGGCCCAGAACCUGGCCCAGUCCACACCCACCUCAGCGCCCAGCAACAGCAGCGGCGGCAGCACCAGCUCCUCCGGAGGAGGAGGACGGAAGAAGGCCCAGGCCCAAGCAGCUGCCGCAACCGCCAAUGGAGUGCACAUCCAGAAGCGGUACGCCUGCACCCACUGUCCGUAUUCGACGGACCGCCGGGAUCUGUACACCCGGCACGAGAACAUCCACAAGGACGAGAAGCCAUUCCAGUGCUACGCCUGCCUCAAGCAAUUCAAUCGCGCCGAUCACGUCAAGAAGCACUUCCUGCGGAUGCAUCGGGAGCUCCAGUACGACAUCAACAAGACGCGACGGCAUGUGUCGGCCGGCAGUGGCUCCUCGGGCAGCGGCUCAUCCGGCGGCGGAUCCCACCACUCCGGCGGUCGCGGCAAUGUGACCAUUAAUGCCAGCGGCGUCAACAUCGAUAAUGCCUUCUUGGAGGCGCAACGGCAUCCCACCUCGUCCAGCCUGAGCAUCGCGGAGACCAUCGAGGCGGUGGCCUCGGCGACCGACAUGCCGCUGGCCCAGCUCAAGCAGGAGAAGCUGGACGAUGGCGGUGGCGGAGUCCUGCCCCUCCACGUCAUGCAACAGCCCGUGGCCAGCUCCAGUUCGGGUAGCAGCGGGAGUCAUGCCAACGGCAAUGGCGGCGGCAACUCCGGCCUGUUGAAGCCGAAGCGGGAGAAGCGCUUCACCUGCUGCUACUGCCCGUGGUCCGGAGCGGACAAGUGGGGUCUCAAGCGGCACCUCAACACGCACACAAAGCCCUUCGUCUGCCUGCUCUGCGACUACAAGGCGGCGCGCUCCGAGCGCCUGGCCACCCACGUCCUCAAGGUGCACAACAAGCGGGCCUGCAGCAAGUGCUCCUAUCUGGCGGACACCCAGGAGGAGUUCCAGGCUCACAUGAGCGAUGUGCAUCCGCACGAUAACCGGCCGGCGCGGAGCGGUAAUGGCAACACGAGCGGCGGCGGCGGCGGCAGCAGCACCAGUAGCGGCAAUAGCAGCGGCAAUGGCAAUGGCAAUGGCACGGUCGCCGGCGGUGGCGGUGGCAUUAACGCCAAUUCCGGCGGCCAUGGCCACGGUCACAGUCACAGCCACAGCCACAGCCAUAGCCAUAGCCAUAGCCAGAAUCUCAAUGUGCUGCGAACCAUCGGCAACAGCCUGGUGGCCAACAACCAGCUGAACACCUAUGCCGGCAACGCUUUUGGCACCUCCAGUGGCAAUGUGGGGAAUACAAAUGGAGGCGGCGCCGGUGGUGCUGUUACCAUCUACACCACAACCACCAAUGAGGGCGUGACUGGCAGCGGCGGCGGCGGCGGAGGCGGUGGCGGUGGCGGGGGCAUUAGCGGCAAUAUAUCCGGCGGCGGACCACUCCAGGAGAUCAUUGUGAAUCCCUCGUCGAUGGUCGGUUGGCGGCUGAGCGCCAAUGGGUCGUUGAUACCGCCACAUGACCUGCUAACCGGCGGAUUGCCGAAUGCCGCCACACAGAAACGCGGCUCGGAGCGACUAUUUCAGUACCUCGAGGCCGAGGGCAGCGAUCCGGAGGACUAUGCGCGUCUGCUGAAAAUGGACGCCAUCAGUCGCAACACCGCUUCGGUCGCUCAGGAUUUUCAUAAGGCGGGAGGCGUGCACGAGUUGAAAAUACCAGCCAAUCAUCAACUCCUGUUUAACAAUAAACUGCCUUCGCAAUGGACGACACGAGAGGCUGCUGCCCUGCUCUACAGCCUGAGCAGCAUGGGUGGCCCGACGACCGGAUCCUCCGGUUCAGUAUCUGGCUCCCAGCGUCAAAAGUACGGUAUGCGAGCGCGACAACAUUCCACCGGCGAGGAUGACGAGAAUACACCAUCGUCCGCCUCGUCAUCGAGCUUCUCUGGUGAUGAGUUCAACAUGAGCUCCACAUCACCACUGAAGCUGUCGUCGCGUCAUGCCGUCAAGCUGGAGAAGAUGGAGGAUGCGGCCAAGGAGCAGAUGAUGCCCACCAAAGCGAUGAUGGCGACGGCAUUUCUGGAGGCGGCCAGCUACGAGCAGACGGCCAUCGAGCUGCUGGCCAGCAAGCGUAAGAUCAAGGUCGAGGAUCCCAAUGACGAGGAUCAGGAAAACCAGCAGCAACAUCAGCCACAUCAGCAACAGCAACAGCAACAACAGCAGCAGCAACAGCAGCGAUUGCAGCUUAUUAAAUCGUCUCCCGCGUACAAACUAAACAACAACAACAACAAUAACAAUAGUAAUAGCAACAACAAUUACAACUACAACAAGGACAAGUCAUCGCACAGAAAUGCCAUACACCAUCAUCGCCAUCAGGAUGACAAGGAGAACAACAAAUCCAAGUCAGCAGCUGCCGCCGCAGCAGCAGCCGUUGCAGCAGAUAUCGCUGCUGCUGCUGCAGCUGCCGCAGCAUCGGGAAACAGCAACAGCACCAGCAGCAACCAGACACCGUUUCUCACCCAAAUGGAGUACCAGAAUCUCAAUCGCAUCGGCACCCAGUUCCAGAACUACGUCAAGGACAUCAUCAACAAGUACUAUGCGGCGGAGACGCCACUAAUGCUUGCCGCGGCAGCUGCGGCACUGCCCACGGCCACCACCACUGGCCAGCAGCAGCAGCAGUUGGAUGCCGCCAUCGAGAACCUGUCGCCGGGGAAGCGCCGUCGGCUACUCAGCGAAACGGAGGAGUACAUCGAGUAUCUGCGGAACAAGGAGGACAUCACGCUGACCAUUGCACCCAAGGCCCAGCAGCCAUCGCCGCCACAGACAUCGCUGCUGAAGCGUCAGCUCGACUUGUCCGUCCCCAGGCGGAGUCCCAAGAAGGCUGCUCCGGCCCACAACCACUCCAGUGCCGCCAACCACACGAGUGCCACCCGCAAGUCCAUGAACCAGCUGGCCACCUUGCUGCCCCUGCUGGCGGAUGCGGCCAGCAAGCAGGAGUACCUGGCUGCUCCCCUGGACUUUAGCAAGAAAUCGGAGGAGGCUCGCAGUUCCCGGAAGCAGGCGCAGCCAAAGAAGAUCCGGCUGACUCCGGAUGUGGUUGUGGCCAUGCUGAGGGACAAGUAUCUGAACCGGAUGGUGCGCCAGCGCUUGGGGUGCUUGAAGUGCAACCAGUCGAGGAAGAGCAGCGCCAUCAGCUUCAACUACCACACGCUGGGAUCGCUGGCGCUGCACCGGUACUGGCGACAUCGUCGGGAGGCCACGUCCGCCACUAAGCGAAGGAGCCAGCUGCAGGCAGCUCUGCUGAAAAGGACUCGCAGACAGGACGAUGCCGUGAUGGCCGUGUAACUUUUCGGUUCAGUUUUUUUCGCAUUAAGAUUAGAAAAUAUUUGCUUGCCAUAUAUGGAGUGGAGUGGAAUGGAAUGGAAUGCCUAAUGCAGUAGGCAUUUGAAAUUCAAAUUGAAAAUCGUUUAAAAAAUUGCAUUUAAUUUUUUAAAUUUUAAGUUGUGAUGUACCUGAAAUAUGAUUUCUCUUAAACAAAACAAAAAAAACAUAAAAAAAUACUUAAAACAAAGCAUUCAUGCAGGCAACUGGUCUCAAAAACGAAGCAUGCAGAUGUAUUUCAUUAUCUUAGUUGUACGAUCGAACUAUCUCAAAAGCACUUACACUCUCACUCACUCACUCAAUGAACAAUUAACUUUAGAUGGUUUUUGUAAUUUAGAUGGUAUGAGCAUUUAUCAAAUGUGUCCUUUCCGCCCCGCCCCCCCACACAACCUCAUCGAAAACAAAAAAAAAAGAAAGCUUUAAUUUGCCAUUUACAAAGCUUGCGUUUAGUUACGAGUAAUGAUUGCCAUCUUUUAACAUGUAGCCCUUAGUCUUACCCUUAGUUACGGAUUAAUUUAUGAACUGCAAAUGCGAACCUCAUCGAACCCCUUUGCCUUACUUAUCGUUUAAGCUUUAAACACGAAGGAUAUAUAUUAGUUUUAGUUAUAGUUUUAGUUUAUUCAUCAUUACUCCUCUCGGAGCAGCAGUCACGCCCUCAACUGGUGGAAGGCAUUCUAGCCAGAAACGUUUUAAAUACGAAAAAAAACAAAACAAAAAACCAACAUAUAAAUAUUAAAAAAAACAAAAAAGGAUCCAACUAUAUUACUGUACGCGUAGAUGUAUUCAUGAUUUUAUCAAAAAAGAAAAGAAAGUAAGAGAAAUGCCGAGGAGAAAGCCGAGGAACAGAGGACGAACGUAACACAAGAACAACAUAACAUACAAAAUACUCAAAAAUAAAAGAAAAGGAUUAGAUUACAUAACUUUUUGCCACACUGAACAAGAAAUAUUUGACUGAAAAGUGUCGGGGAAAACAUGAUAUACAUAUAUGUAUGAAUAAAGGUAUAAACAAUUUUAGUGUAAAAUGUGUGUUUUUGCUAAAUGUGGUAAACUAAAAAAACGUAAAUUUAUUACACGAAAAAAAAAAAUAAACUAAAUUAAAGCGUAAAGGAGUAAACGAGGAGAAAUUCUUAAGUAAAGUAAAUUUUUGGAUGACAAGCCAUUUAGACAAAAUUUUUGAGACGAAAAAAGACAUUUAUGAGAGAAAGGAAACAACAAAGAAAACAAAAACCGAAUUACUUUAAAAUUUUAUUUAAGCAAUGUACUUGCAAAAAAUAAAAGUAUAAUUACAAUAACUGUAAUGUGAGUGUUUUUAGUUUAAAAUUAUAUAUUUCCAAAACAUUCAAAAUAAAAUAUAAUUAGUUUAAAAUAUAA